UGUUUUUGUUUUGUUCGGAAAAUUUCGCUCGGACGCGUCGUUGGCGUAGUGCAUGUUCGUGUCUCGUAAUUUAGGAUAAUUUUAGGGAGAGAAAGAAAUUAAAAGAAAUGCAUAAUUAAAUUAAGGUUCGGUGUUAAAUAAUUAAUUGAAUAUAUAAAUAUUAAAUUAGAGACAAUAGUUAACGCGUAGUCAUACUCUCUUUCUUCCCCUCUUCUCUUAGUCACUACGGCAUAGUAAAACACGCAGUAAAAGAAGAGAGAAAAAAUGCUCGAAAUUGUUUAAAACAAUCAAAUUUUGCAAAGUGAAAUUUACAUAAUAAUAUUAAACAGUUUUGGUGCAAUCGAAUACACAUGCAUAUACGUAUGCAAAUGGCUUUCAAUUGAAAAGCAACAGCAACAAUAAAUUACACCCAACAAAAGUGAAAAUCUAAUUGAGUCGCGGCGGAGGCGUAGACGAAAGAAGGAAAAAGGUUUAAUUUCCAACUAAAUUCCGCUAAAAUGUCGAACACUAAAAACACUGAAGACAGCGAGCUGGACCCGCAAAUUCAGAUUGAAUUGGAGAAUCUUAAUAGCGCAACGGAUGAGAUUAAUAAACUGGAAAUUGAAUUGGAGGAGGCAAAUUCCACAUUUCGCAUCUUGUUGAAUGAGUCGACACGUCGCUUGAAACUUUCUUCCAAGAAAUUGGGUAACUGCAUUGAAAAGGCUCGUCCAUAUUACGAGGCAUUGGACAAGGCACGGGAGGCACAAGUUGAAUGCCAGCAGGCAGCAGUUAAAUUUCAACGAGCAAAUGAAAUCCAUGCUGCAGCCAAGGAGACUGUGGCUUUGGCUGAACAACGUUUCAUGUCCAACUCGCAUGAAUGGCAAUUCGAUAAUGCCUGGCAAGAGAUGCUCAAUCAUGCCACACAAAAAGUUAUGGAUGCCGAAACCCAGAAAGCUGAUUGCCAUGCCGAGCAUCAGCGACGCACUCGUCUCUUUCACACCGCUGAACAGAAGCUGCAACAGCUGGAGGAUCGUUUUCGUAGAAGUAUCAACAAGUCGCGUCCCUAUUUCGAGGAGAAGCAAGUGUGUCAGGAUCAAUUGCAGACUCAAAAAAAUCGAAUAGGCGAACUGCAACAGCAAGUGGCUACCGCCAAGAGCACUUACUCACGGGCCCUGCGUAACCUAGAGAGGAUAAGUGAGGAUAUACAUAGGCAACGUGGAGAUUUAAGUGGUUCUCCACCACCACCGCCGGGCAUGAGAGAACCUGGAGUGGGUGCCGAACUUAAUACACCCACAUCUAGUGCUUUGCCAUCUUUGCCAGAUUUUGAAAUGGAAUUGGAGAAGUGUGAUUAUCCUUCCAUAGCAGGCAGCCAAAUGUCAUUGGGCGGAGGAGGGGGAGCUGCUGCUCUACCAGGAGUAGAUGCAAGUAAGCCCAGUCAAGCUAACGAAACAGAAGAUGAGGAUGAAGAUGCUUGCGAUUACGAUGAGACGGGAGCAAGUGAAUUACGUGGCAUUGUCGACGAAUCCGAUUUGGAGGCAUUGCGUCAGAGAGUGAAAAUCUUGGCUGUUCGUCCCAUUGAGGGUGGAGAUGGUCAACAGCAACAGCUAAAUGAUGUAUGGGAGCAUGAAUUAAAGGCCACUGUGGAUAAAUUGGAUCAUCUAAUGAUGCUCAAAGAGGUGGCCAAAAGGCAGCAGCAACGGAAAUCAAAAGCAACAACAGAACAACGUCCCGAUUCCUUAGGAGCUGAGGCGCUACACCGUCACACCGAUGUGGAGCCGGAAGCAGUGGGUGAGCCAAUGGUAAAAAGUUUGCCGCAUACACCACGUCAUCAUUAUCAUCAACAGCAGCAGCAGUUACUUGCCCCCACACCCACUCCCUUAAAGAAAUUACAACAGCAACUGGCUCCCCUUCCCUCAGUAAAUGUUUCCAUGCGUGAGUUGCCUCUACUUGCCAGGCUAUCGAACGAACUACUAGAUCGCAGCAGCGCCGCGUUGGUGGGAGUUCGCAAGCAACUGAGGCGACGUUCUUUAGAAUAAUGUGUCCUCGCGCCCUCCUCGUUCUAGGCAGUUCUCACAAGCCUAUAUCAAAUUUGUUUAUAUUAAAUGAAUAAUAUUAAUAAUACUUAUAAUUAAAAUAUACAUAUAUGCCGCAUUUAAGUACUGUCGCGUAUCAACCAUUUUGUAUCUAUAUAUAUAUGUCUAGAUGGAUAUAUAUAUACUUAGAUUUUACUUCGUAUAAAUGUCGUCUUUGUAUUAUUUUUGUUCCCUCUCACACAAGCCUCCCUCCCCCCACACUCCAAGUUAACUAUGUAAAUGUUCAUGUGAUUUGCCGAAAAAGUAAAAAUGGAAAUAAAUAAAAUAAGCAGCUUUAAGUUUAAUGUCUAAUACAUAAAGAAAACUCACUAAUUUAAAUUGUACACCAAUUUGCACUAAAUCGAUAUUGUAAUUUAGUCUAAAAAUAUAUUUGAAACGUACAACAAAACGAAAUGAGAGAAACGGAAAUUGUAGCGAAUUCAAUUAGAUUGUUAAGCGAAUUAUUCUCAAAAUAAAAAAGUGGAUUAGAACAAGUUAGUUGGAUCGGUUGAAUCUUUAAGCAGGUCUAUAUGUAUAUAAAUAUAGAUAAUGUAAUAAAUUAAAAAUCAACACAAAAAACAAGCAAAUUUCAAAUUUGAAAAUAAAUUACAAAUUUAAAUCAAAAA